CAACAAAGUGAAAACUUGAGUACUUCAAAUAAAGUAGCCAUUUGACAGUCGUAAACCAUGAUCUUAAUAAUACUGGUUCGGUAUCCAAAUGAUGGGAACAGUAAAUUACAAAAUCCUUCAGAGACAUGUCUUUGCAUCAAAUGAAAUCAAUCAGUUCAAAAAGGAAACGAAAUACAUUUGGACUGUAACGUGUGAGUGUACGUGAAAAAAAACAUGCAUGAAAGAAAUGACUCAGAAAUAACAUAGGGGGAUAUUAAGUUCUGAAAAUGAUCAAAAAGAACAAAACUUAAAUUAUCUCUUAUACAUCUCAGUGAAGUGCAUCGCCUGACAAAACCAGAGUAUUUUCUUAGUUUUAGGUACUGCAUCUCCAGAACAGGAUUGUUGUGGGACAAAGCAGGUGUUACUAGAUACUGGGCUAUUACAACAUUUAAAUAGGGAAUGAUUAAUAAAUGCAGAUAUUGUCUUAAUCACCUGUUGAUCUGAAAUAGUAAAAAGCUGUGGAUUAUUUAUAAAACAAACGUAAUCCGAGCUUCAAUGACAAUGAGACACCAUAACUUCCAACUCCCCAGCCAUUACAUUGUGAGGAAACAUAAUCCAGGAGCAUACAUUGGUCUUGCUACGUAAUUAACCCAGAAGCAUCUUCAUAGCAAUUACUGGAUUAGUAUUUCUAGAAGCUAGCCAUGGACUUCAAUAGCCGCGAGUAUAUAUUGCGUAAGGAUGCAGGUGACCAUGAGUGGACUGCUGCCAAGUCCUUCCUGGUUCCUUUUAUGGGUCUAAUGAAUGUUAUAAUGUUCUUUGGCAACCUGCUCUCCAUAGCAACCAUCAUGAGCACGCCCAAACUGCGACAGCAGACGUCCUACUGGUUUGUGAUGAACUUAGCUGUGAUAGACCUUCUAAUAUCAGUGACCGUGGUGCCACUGAACACAAUCUGGGAGUACCAUGGCACCUGGCCUUUCAGCCAGAUCACUUGUGAAUUCUUUACCUUCGCUGACAUUGCUUUCAGCACAAUAUCAGCAUAUUCCAUUAUGCUAGUGUCCAUUGACAAAUACAUCUAUAUCACCUACUCCAUACACUACUUUGAAAAGAUGACGAGACGGCUUGCUGUGAUACUAAUUUGUGCAGUUUGGAUUUGUGUGUUUAUUUUUGCCAUUAUCUCAUUAGUAACAGAAGUAGGAACAGACGACAAUUUCAAAGACCACUUCCUGUACAUUAAUAACACCAUCAAUACUUGCCUCUUUGUCAUGACUGAUGCCUAUGUUAUUCCAUCCGCUAUUAUAAGUUUCUUCAUUCCAUUUGUUGUCCUUUGCUUCACAAGCUCAAAAAUCAUCUGUAUUGCGAGCAGACAUAUCAAGAAGAUUACUCACCUGCCUCACACAUUCACAUAUACGUCUGAUACAGACUCAGACUCCAUACAUUCAAGGAGCAAAAAUCAUAAAAUUGAAAAGCCAUGUCCUCCAGCAAAAUCACCACUAGCUGCUGAAGAAAAUACUGAACUCUCAAACUGUACAACAGAUGGGUGUUACACUUCUGAAUUAAAAUGUGAUCCUCAAAGUACAAAUUACAAUGAACAUGACAAAGAAACAUCAUUUAAUGGACCACAGAAUAAUAAUAAGUCUUUUGAGCAAUUAAAAUGUGAAAAAUGUGAAUCUUCUGAGAAAGAUCAUAAAAAUGGCAUUGUCAUUAUGGACGUUAUUUAUGAAAACAUUCUGAAGGAAAAAGAAACACCAAACAAAACUGAAUGUGUUAUAACUAGAAAGCCAAGAGCAUAUUCCUUCCCCCGUGCAACUUCAUUAAAACUUAAAUCAAACAAGGGUAACAACAUGCCAGUUAAAAGGACCCAGUCUUUGAAAGUCAACCAAACGCGACUGGACACCCUUCGAUUGGAUCAUAUGAACAGAAAAAACAGCAUUAAAAGUGUGAGCAACGGCAAGAAGAAGAAAAGACUUCAGUACUGCAAACUGUUUGGGACCAUUACCAUUGUGAUUUUCUGUUUCAUUAUAAUGUUUGCUCCAUAUAACGUAGCUAUUGUUGUGGACGUGUGGUGUCACUGCAUAGAGCCCUGGGUGUAUGAAGACAUCCUAGCAGUCCUCUACUACAUGCACUCCCUCGUCAACCCCUUCAUUUACAUGGCCACAGACAGAAAGUUCAAGACCGCACUCAGGCAGCUCUGGCAGAGGAUCUGUAGGGUUACACUGUGCUUGUUUAGACACAAGUUGUAGGAAAUGAAUGCACUUGAACAAACAUUGCAACUCAUCUCCAGCUAUUUUUCUAUGCUGUUUCAUUGAAAAUAAAACAUACAUAUAAUUCAA